AUGGCUGCCACUGCCUCCCUCUCUUCAUGCACUUAUGAUGUUUUUUUGAGUUUUAGAGGCAAAAACACGCACAAGAAUUUCGCUUACUACCUCUAUUUCGCUCUUGAAAAAGCCGAAAUCAUGACCUUUAGAGAUGACAACGAACUCCAAAAAGGAGAAGAUAUUUCAUCCCAAUUGUUGGCGGCCAUCGAAGGGUCUAAAAUUUCUAUCAUCAUCUUUUCCGAGGACUACACGGAUUCUAGCUGGUGCCUCGAUGAACUUGUAAAGAUCAUGGAGUGCCAAAGAACGGUGAAGCAGCACAUUCUACCUAUCUUCUACGAUGUUGAACCGGCGAAUGUGCGCCACCAGAAGGGUACUAGUUUUGAGCAAGCAUUUUCGAAACACAAAAACCGUUACUUGUCAGACAAGGUAAUCAGCUGGAAGAUAGCUCUGAAGGAGGUUGCUAAUUUGUCAGGGUGGGUUCUAAAAUCCACAGACGGUUCAACUUCUGCUAAAACUACCAAUAGUGCUAGACGUAAUGUGGAAAGCCCCAAUCAGUUCUUGAAUUCUGUCAAAGAUCGAUGCAGAUCUCGAAGCUUUAGGAAUCUUGAUGAUGCCUUAGGCGUGUUUGAUAGAAUGCUUCACAUGCACCCUUUUCCUUCCAUUGUCAAUUUUAAUCAAUUGCUGGGCGCAAUUGCAAGAAUGAAGCAUCACUCAACUGUUAUUACUCUUAUUAAAGAAAUGGAACUGACUGGAAUUGCUCCCAAUGUUUAUAUUCUGGGUGUUUUGAUUAAUUGUUUUUGUCAUCUGAACCGGGUGGAUUUUGGCUUCUCUAUUUUAGCAAGAAUUUUGAAACUUGGUUUUCAACUGAACUGUGUAAUUCUUAGCACUCUUGUCAAGGGCUUUGUCUUCGGGGUAAAAUUGUUGAAGCUGUGA